GGCGCGGCGCGGCCCGCCCCGCCCGGCAUGGCGCGGCCGCUGGUGCCCAGCUCGCAGAAGGCGCUGCUGCUGGAGCUCAAGGGGCUGCAGGAGGAGCCCGUGGAGGGGUUCCGGGUCAGCCUGGUGGACGAGGGGGACCUCUACAACUGGGAGGUGGCCAUCUUCGGGCCCCCCAACACCUACUACGAGGGCGGAUACUUCAAGGCUCGUCUCCGGUUCCCCAUUGACUACCCCUAUUCUCCUCCUGCCUUUAGGUUCUUAACCAAAAUGUGGCACCCCAAUAUCUAUGAGACUGGUGAUGUCUGCAUCUCAAUCCUCCACCCACCUGUGGAUGAUCCGCAGAGUGGGGAGCUGCCGUCUGAGCGAUGGAACCCAACCCAGAAUGUGCGGACCAUUCUUCUGAGCGUGAUCUCACUGCUGAAUGAACCCAACACAUUUUCUCCGGCCAACGUAGACGCUUCAGUGAUGUACCGCAAGUGGAAGGAAAGUAAAGGGAAGGAUCGGGAGUAUACGGACAUCAUCAGGAAGCAAGUCUUGGGAACAAAGGUUGAUGCUGAGCGGGAUGGUGUGAAGGUCCCCACCACUCUGGCAGAGUACUGUGUGAAGACCAAGACUCCAGCCCCGGAUGAAGGUUCAGACCUCUUUUAUGAUGACUAUUAUGAAGAUGAUGAGAUGGAGGAGGAAGCAGACAGUUGCUAUGGUGAUGAGGAUGACUCUGGCAAUGAGGAAUCUUGAUGGCCUUCUGGCAGUUGCAAAACUUAUUAUAAACUACUGAAUUUUACCUCAAAUAGGACAAACUGGUUUGAAUUUUGGAUAUGUCAGCCCUGAAAUUAACUCUCUACCUCGCAGGGUUCUGCUGUUGUAAAGGACAAUACACCAAUGUCUUUAAGAAAAGAAACAAAAAAAGAAAAAAACAGAAAAAGAAAACAAAAAGCACCCAAACCCUAUUUUAUAAACUUCCUACAUGUGGUGUAGGGGGAAGGGAAAGUCACAUUGAGGCAAUCACAGAUCCACAGUAACUGGGGAGCCAAUGGCCCUGGCUAGAUUGAGGAAGACAGAAAAAAAUGGUGUUGGCUGCCACUUUUUUGGGGGCGUGCUUGACUGGUCUUGAGUCCUGCGUGGGAGAAACGGUUUCAGGAGGCUGUGGAGCUGAUGAAUAGCCACUUUGGGUGGGAGGUGCGUGAGCUUUUAUGUAGCUUUCUACAGCCUUUAAGCUAUCAGAGUGGAAACGGUGUCAGGGUAAAUGUUGCCUCCCUCGUGCUGCCUGGGGCUUCGGCCUUUCCCUGGUUUGGCUGUACUGCCGCGCUCCUGGCCACUAGAAGGAGCAGUCGGGCACUGCUGUGGCUCAGGCCGGCUCCUGUGUGGGACUUUCCUGCCACUUUCUCCCAUGGCACCUGCUUCCGUGUGGAGCCAGGCCCCAGGGUGGGCAGGAGCUGGAGCACUCCGGGCAGGAUGUCCAGCACAGCUCUCGGGCACUGGUGCAGGGAGGGGCAGUUUGUAGUUUUUAACUAGCUGGGAGGGGUGGGGUAGUUCUGAAUCUUUCUGCUUCUCUCUCUCUCUUUCUUUUUUUUUUUUGGAAACUAUUUAAUAAAGUACUUUAAGUGAACAA